AUGUCUUCUCCAUCAGUGCAAUCCAAAGAUCCCGCCAAUCUAAGUAUCAGAAAAUGCCUAUUAUCAACUGUGUUUCGAAUGUCAAAGAAACUUCUUGGAGGAGUUUGCCUUUAUAUUUGGAAGCUGCUGACUGCCCCUCUUUGUAAAGUUGUAAACUGCAUCAUCUCUCGUUAUCACAAAGUCGCCGAUACUGAAGCUGCAAUUCACGCUCUCAAGGCACAACUGGUUGCUCAACACGGCAGCUUCGAGCAGGAACGCAAGACUUACAAAGAUAGAGAGGCAAUACUACAACAACAGCUGGACGAGUACAAGUCCAAAUUCCUGGAGCUUGAGCGGAAAAGACCAUUUCUAGAAAAGUUAGCAAUAGUAGGCGCUGCUGUUCGUUGCCGUGCUCUGGAGCAUGCGAAGGGCCGUAGGAUCUUUGGGGAAGGAAAGGAUAAGUUUACGAACAUUCGUGGAGAGGUUGAUGUGGAGGUUAUUAAGAAGGGAAAUGUCGCUUGUCAUCGGGGGAAUAUAAAAGCGGACUACAGUCUCUAUCAAUUGGGAUAUAAGCAUUUACAAUCAUGUCUUACAUCCAGUGAGGUCACAGAAGCUCUCGAUCUACGAGGUACAAUGUCAUUUUGUUUCUCAUUCACAGAUUCAACCAGAUCUACAAGCCACGAUGCCCGCUUUUCUUCCUUGUCUCGGGAGUUAGUAAAUAUGGUGAUCCAUGCGAUGAAUGCGCAUACCAACUUAGGAUUACUUGAUGAAGAUCUCAAGGUAGAAGAGAAUCUGAUUUCGAUGCGCAAUAUUGUAGAUGAAAUCAGCAUAUUAGAUAAAAGAUGGAGAAACAGUCGUCGAGAUAUCGAAUUUAGCUUUUGA